GAAAAAUAUAUGGUAGCCUUCACAACACUGUCCCUUGGUUGGUGAGUGACUGACUGCAUCUCUUCGUCUUGCUCCUGCGUUCAAGAGACUUCCAAGCUCUCUAGUAACACGUCUAGGUCUCGUCAAUUUGUGCAUCGUGAAAGCAACUGAACUUCCAGGUUAUAUAUGGAUGAUAUUGUUGAUGCAUUGGUUCUUAAGCUCCAGUCAAAGAUAUGCUAUCAUAGGGAUGCCAAUGUCGACUACCUGGAAAUCAAGACAAUGGUUGAUAAACUCGUAGAAGCGAACAAAAAGCUCAAGGAUGAGAAAGUGGACUUCCAGGAUGUAAUUAAUAUGGUCAUGGAAGAAAAGGAAAAUUUACAGCAUGACUAUCAAGUAAUCAAGGAGCAGAUGACAAAAAGGGAGGAGCAACUUGAAACUGUAAAAAAGGAACUUGAAGAAGCAAAACAUGAACAUGUGGCAGCAAAUAAGGAGCUUGAGGAAGAAAAACAUGGCCAUGUGGCAACAAAGAAGGACCUUGCGGCGACAGAACAACAACUUGCUCAAAGGAGCGAAGAGCUGGAGGAUUUAAGGAAGAAGCUUCAAGAGAGUGAACCUGUACCUUCCACAAGGGUAACAAGAUCUGCACAUAAGCGGCAAAUGGUGCUCCAUGGGUCGUUGAGCAACGAUGCGGCUGGACAUCGCCAAAAGAAACAUAGGGCCUAUCAGCAUGCAACCCAAGAUGUGACUUGGAGGUGAUCAGGCAAAGCUGAUCCAGGUCAUGUGCUAGCAGUUGGAAGCGAGGAAGGAAGCCAUCAACUUAGCAGGCCAUGACAAACACUAGCAACUAGCAACCAUGGAAGAAAAUUACUAUGUUAGCUACCUAUAUGACA